UUUUCUAUCCCCAACCCCUAAGAGCGGUCGCGGGUCUGAACGGGAUCGAAUUCGAGGGAUCAAACCUGCUGGUGGAGCUGUUCGAUAACAAAGCUAACCGCCGAGGCGCCCGCAGCCGUCCACAGUACGCCGGCAUGCCAGGAGGCGGCGGCCCGGGACGUCAGACCGACUUCCCGCUGCGGUUGCUGGUGGCCAGCGAAAUGGUCGGCGCCAUCAUCGGUCGCCAGGGCAGCACGAUACGACAGAUCACCCAGAACAGUCGGGCCCGCGUCGACGUCCACCGGAAGGAUAAUGUGGGCUCCCUCGAGAAGGCCAUCACCAUCUACGGCAAUCCGGAAAAUUGUACCAGCGCAUGCAAGAGAAUACUGGAAGUUAUGCAGCAGGAGGCCAACAACACAAACAAAGGAGAAAUUUGCCUGAAGAUUCUCGCCCACAAUAACCUGAUCGGUCGCAUCAUCGGAAAGAGCGGGAACACAAUCAAGCGGAUAAUGCAGGACACCGACACAAAGAUCACUGUCAGUUCGAUAAACGACAUCAACAGCUUCAACCUGGAGCGCAUCAUCACCGUUAAGGGUUCGAUCGACAACAUGUCCCGGGGCGAAAGUCAGAUCAGCGCCAAACUGCGCCAGAGCUACGAAAACGACCUCCAGGCGCUGGCCCCGCAGAGCAUAAUGUUCCCUGGGUUGCACCCAAUGGCAAUGAUGUCUACGGCGGGCAACGGGAUGGGCUUCACCGGUCGUACCGGAAUGUACCCGGGAACCAGCUAUCCAAUGUACCAGCCGCCGACAGUGCCUGGCGCCCCGCCCGGAUCCAGCGACGUCCAGGAAACCACCUACCUGUAUAUUCCAAAUAAUGCCGUCGGUGCUAUCAUCGGAACCAAAGGAUCGCAUAUUCGUAAUAUUAUAAGAUUUUCCGGUGCUUCGGUAAAGAUCGCUCCGCUGGAGGCGGACAAACCCCUAGAGCAGCAAACCGAGCGUAAAGUUACCAUCGUCGGCACGCCGGAAGCUCAGUGGAAGGCCCAGUAUCUGAUCUUCGAGAAGAUGCGGGAGGAGGGCUUCGUCUCCGGCACGGACGAUGUGAGAUUAACGGUGGAAAUCCUGGUCCCGAGUGCACAGGUUGGACGUAUCAUUGGCAAGGGUGGCCAGAACGUACGGGAAUUGCAGCGAGUAACCGGCAUAAUCAAACUGCCCGAACACACUACCAACACGCCAGUGGACGAAGAAACCACGGUACACAUCAUCGGUCCAUUCUUCAGUGUUCAGUCCGCCCAACGACGCAUCCGAACGAUGAUGCUGGCAACGAACCCCCCACCGGCCACCAACCGGCAGAAAGCCCAGAAGGCCAAGGAGCAAUCGUCGACCUCGUCAACGCCCGCUGCCUCCGCACAGCCGCCGUCGUCUAGUACAAGCGUAUAAUCAAAAUCUGCAAUCGUCGCUGUCAUAGUCGCUGAUGGCCGUCAGCUGCAAUUAUCAGUGCUGCCAUCGUCGUCGCCACCACUACCACCAUCAACAACAACAACAACACUAACACAACAGCUUCUAUCGCACCAACAACAACAACUACUACUACCACUAUCAAUCGUUCCGCACGAGCAGCAAAAACAGCAGGUAUCCCUAUCAGUAACAGCAACGGCAAGGUCGGACAAAAAUCACAUCAAAUCCGAAUCUGGAAGGUAGGAAAUCCCUGCAACCAGCCGCGAUCGCGAAAACAAACCCAAAAAAAAAACAGUCUGCUAUGUUCCGGAUUAGAAUAUCAAAUUUUGGUUCCAGCACAGGAACGAAGCCCUCUCGGAUCCGAUCGGCGCCAAAACAAAACCAGAAAUUGUGUACACCAGAAUCAGUCUCUAUCGUGAAACAUCUCUCGAGCUAAGCAAAAAAAAGUUUAUUUUUCGUAUUUAGGCACAAAAACACUUCACUUUUGACAUUCCCAUCAAAGUUUAUUCGCCAGCAAAAGCAGCACCAUAAAAGGAAAUGCAUUUACAAAUUUUGCGCUUGUUUUUUUUUACCGGCACAAGAAAUAUCGGAAAUCUAAAAUGUUAACUUUUCAAAAUGGAUUCUGAGCGUCGCUCAUUUCGUGGCAACGUGUAUCAAAGUAGGCGACGUUUGGAAUCGCUCGUUGAUACUGAGUGAUUUACACGAAUGGAAGCAAACGACGAUUUUUAAAUAUUUUGACAAGAGCUUUUCUUAUCGACCCGGCACCGAAUAGUUGUGUGGGGAUCACAAAGACUUCGGAUGAAGAAGAGAAAACGUUAUUGAGAGAAAGUGCGCAAGAGAGAAUGUUGUUUUUAACUAGUGUUUAGGAAGAGAUCGAUUUAAUUAAGGAAUCAAGAGACAGACAGAGAGAGAGAAAGGUUAAGAUUGCGUUUGGCGCUCUUCUCCGCGAGGAGGAGCAGUGUUGCCAGUGUGAAGGGAGAAAGUGCCAAACAUUGAUGAAUCGCGUUAAAAGAAUUACAAAUUGAAACGAACCGUCGAUUGCCUUAGAUUUCGGUGCUGACACAGAGAACAACAAGAGAACUGAAAGCAGGAAGUUAAUUGUUAGAGGUAAAGUUAGACGGAAGCGCUUCGCUUCACCGCUUGCGAUCAAACGGCGACGACAUUUUCAUAUUCUAAGGUUCACAUCAAGAGAGAAAACCAAUACCUCAAAGAAAGUGCAUUAGGCUGCGUCUACGAGCUACGCGUGUCGCGUAAUCCAUGGACAGCGCCUUACCAUUCAUAAUAAGACACAAUCACACCGAUACAGAGAAAGUCAUCAACAAGCUCACCGGGAAUUGUAGUAGUGAAAACCUAGGUGGUGCACCAUUAUUCGUUAGGGUUUUAGAGCCGAUAGAAGUUGAGAAGCGCAACGAAAGUCGCUGACCACAAACCGGUCAGACGGCUCUAUUGUUUACGUUUUCCUACAGUGAACUAACAGCCAAACACACACAAGCAAAAACACUAACAAGCUUUACGUUUCAACUUUACUUACUCAAAGGUGCAUUAAUCAAUUUUUAUUAACUUGUUGUUGAACAUAAUUCUACUUGUUGAAAGCUAUAUUUUCCCAGUAACUAUUUUCCCGCACUCCCCAGACCUGCCUAUAAUCAAAGCAGUCCAGAUAUUUCGCAGAUGCGUUGCUGGUUAGGAAGCACACUCUGGCAGAAAAAACGUUCAAAUUCGAACGAUUAAAUGCCAUGGAUUUGUGCCCUAUCGCUCACGCUCAAGUGAAACGCGCUGGAUUCGCAACCUUACAACUGUUUAGCUUAACGUCACUUAACUGUUGUUUAUUAUUCUUGUUUUCUUAUUUUGUUUUAAAUAUUGAAUCUUGCUAUACAUACACUACCACCUCCGUGCAGAAUCAGCCGAAACAAUAGAACAAUCAAACUACACAUCCUAAGAUAGCUUAACAUAUGAACCGAAACAAUAGAUAAGACAGGUACCUCAACAUGCAAGCAACCAGAAUCAAAAUAGUUUAAAGUGUUGAAAUUAAUAAUUUUUUAAACAUACUUUUCCCACAAUAGUUAACUAGACGGAACCUCAGUGGCAGUGCUGCCAACCUAUCAAACAACCACAUCCACCUGAAACUUAUGUGUUUUGAAGCCUAAAUAAUCGCAACUACAAAACUAGCUGCGCUAGCAGCAGUGUGCCCAGUUAGAAGACUUUACAUUUUUUGAACUUUUCGCACUCUUCACGCAAUCGCAGUCGAAUCAUAAGGCAAGCAAGUAGCGACCGGAAGAUGAGUAGUAGACGCAAAAUUUUCGCAAUUCUUUGGCAUAAUGGACACACCCGCAACUGAAAAUGUGGUUUUUCCAACAGAACGACUACUGGUGACAUAGAGAGGGUUUAUCAAAAUUUACCGGACGUAGUGGAGGACCGAACCUUAAUCCAAAUUCAGCGCGAUCAAAAAUAAUUCUCAAAAUUCAAAAACAAACCAAUCUUCUAGAAGCAACCUAGACACAUGUGACUGAUACAAAGCAGUAAUUCGUGCAAAAUCGCAACCUUUUGGGCGAUUUUCGAAUUUCUUAUCAGGGAUAAAUACGAACAUACAACACAUACAUAUAUGCAUUUCAAACAAAAAGACUCGAACAACCGAGGAACGCACGACGGACGGAACGGCGAAAACGAAAGAGUGAAAACCGCAACCAGACGUGAAGUUUUUACCUUUACAUUUAGGGACGUAAGAGAGAAUACUAUUGCUCGAAAAUCGAGCGGCUUAAGCGAAGAGAAAGGGAAGAAAAUAGAAUGAGGGAAUCGAAAUUCGGAGAAAAAGUGACUAAAAUCAAUUGUUAGAUUUUUUUAUUAUAUAUAUUAUAUUGAAAAUAUACUAUAUAUAUUUAAAAGGGAAAAGUAAAAAGAGAAAAAAGAGGAACAGAUAUUUAGCUAAAAAAUUUAAUAUUUAUUAAAUCCUAGAGGCUAUAAUAUCGUUGAAUAUUUGUAUAAAAACUCGAACGAACCUUCACGUGGACGCAAGCAAGAACGGAACGUUAAGAUGAGGGUCAACUUUGGUCAAAAUUUAAACUUACAAGAAUGAAAGCUUAGAAACGUACACAGCAACUGAUUAUUUUCCUAUUAUAUUUGUUUAUUUUCUUGGUAAUUUCUGUUGAGGUUUUGUUGUUUACUUUUCGUCAUUGGAACGAAAAGCAAAUCGUGAGGUUAAUGCGUUAUUUAGUUGUGCCAAGUACACCACCGUCGAACGAAGAGAACUUUUUGUUUGACUAAUGAGGAGAAAACUAUGAAAAAAGGGUUGUGAUAGAGCGAGAGUAAUAAAUCGAAAAGCGAUUGCUAAUAAAAGAAUGCCCAGAAUGCAAAAGCACUUUAAUUGAACCCUUGGGUGCCACAUUUUGGUUGUGAUUAAGGUCGAGGAGACAACGAAGCCCGACUUUCCAACAAUCAAUUUGGAACGUUUCUUAUCAAGCAUCAUAAGCCUAAUUGUGGUGACCUUUUUCCAAAGUGCCCAUUCGAGUUUCACAUUUCUUCACAGCACACCGUAAGGAUUUUCCCGUUUACAGUAACUACUUCAAUCAGCUGAUAGGUUUUUCUCGAUUAAGUUUGUUCACAGCCACAAAUGCAAAACGGAACUCUUCAUAUCAUGCCGGAUGCUACACGUUCCGGUCCAUUAUCCGUAGCAUAGCAUAGGAACGGGUGGAAAUUGAUACUCUCAAACACAAACACACCAGAAUUCUGGAAGAUACUUCUUCGAUAGAUUUCAUCACCGCUCAAAUGACAUAUUUAUUUACUUUUAUUUUGUUUAAAUGUCAAGUUUGUUUACGAAUUACGAAUGACAUCAACUUGAACACCCCAACAAAACACAGAAAACCUACGCUGAAGGUUUUGUUUUUACCGAAAGCAGAAGAAGAGCAAACAUUUUUUUCGCGGUACAAAUUGAAACAGUACAAACCGAAGGUAGAUAGAUGGCCAAUGAUAACUGUGCGGGCGGACGCAGUUUUUCUUGAUGCGCACCGCAACAGAGUUUUAAUGAUCAAUGAUUUUUACGCAACUGCAAUCUGACAACAUUCGGCAAAUGAUCCAAAUUUCUAUGAUUUGUUCGAUUCAACCUUUCAGCUGUCAUGUUGACAGUUAAGAGUCGAACAUAAUGAAUAAGUCUAGAUGCAUUUGUUGAAUGUUGCAUUGAAAUAAUUGGCAUCAACAGAAGAAAAGCAACUCAACCAACAAAUUUGGCAGCAACAACCAUCUGAUUGACAGACCAUGAAUGGAAAUAAACAACAAAACAUAGAUAUAGCCCACUAUUUUGGAAGAUCAACAACAACUACAAAAAUCUAACAAUGAUGAACGUGAAUGAUUAUUUCCCGAACGAAAAAUAACAACCAAAACAACGGCAAACCGAUUCGAAAACUGAAAAAAGUCACUUGGAGUCCCAUAAAAUGAUGUAAACUGAAAAAAUAUGAACUUUGGCAUUACAUAAAACUUCACAACGCUGGAGCAAAACCAUAAACAAAUGAGUAAACAGUAAACAAUUCACGGAACAAACAAAUUCGUAGCAGAAAAGUUUCGAACUUAAUUUGCACUAUCCACAUCUCUAGAUUUAAUUGUACAUGGCAAACGAAAUAUAGACAAAAUCAUCACUUGCUUUUGGCAUCGUAAAUGAUGGAAAUCAAAACAAUUGUAAGCACACUUUUCGCAUCUAUAUAAACAAAAUUGACUAAACAAAAAUUAAAUUUAAACAUAAACAAAACCACACACACAUAACCGAAGCAAAGGAGGCAAGGUGAUCGCGCAUCGUAUUUUAAACAAAACUAAACAUAACCAAUUUCGUUUUCCAAAACCUGUAGACGCUAAACAAAAAUAUAUUAGAUGGAUUGACACAUAGACAUAAGGCCAUUGAAACAUAAAUUCUUGACGCAAAAAAUACCGAUCGCAGUAGCAUUAAUUUUAGAUGAUCCUAAUCUCAAAAAAUACGACUCAAAAUUAUUGCAAGCAAGUUUAAUAUGUAAACCCCACAAAAAUAAUAAUAUAACCAAAAAAACAUAUAAUUGGUAGAUUGUAGGAAUAAUUUUUGGCAACACUGCAUGAAGCGGAAAUAAUCUGACAUUUCAUCACACCCGUUCACCAGAGAACCGACUGCUUUGAUCGGUUUCUUUCGGUGAUCGAACCGUAAAAAGGUCACCUUGUCGACUUGGGCGACGUCCGCGAACAGGAGAUCCGGUUUCCUCGCUUCUCAGAUAUAAAAAAAAUAUAUAUAUAGACAUACCUUAAAAGGAGUUUUAAAAAACAAAUUUGAAUCACCACUUCCUGAUACAGCGCCCGAAAGGAGCCCACAGAGAGACAAACAAAAAUGCGCAUAUUAUAUUCGAUUACAGACAUGAAGCAAGUAAACUAUCUACAGUAUAGAAAUCGUUUGGUGAAAUAGAUAAAAAAUGGAUUGAAACAUUCUUACCUCAUAUUGAUAUAUAGAACAAAAGCGCGAUAAAAUAUUUAGGAUUAAAACAUAUUGCAAAACCACGGAGAAAAUAAUAACCCCUUGUAGUUUGGAUCAAGAAAACGAAAUUUUAUGCACUCUCUGUCAAGCUAUAGAAACCUCUCUUAGAUGAGACGAACAUACACAUUUAUUCAUUCAUGUCACACAUAUUCGCAUACAUACAGACAGACAAGGAACCUAACGCAAGUUGAGCUGAGCUUUUAGGUUUUUUUAACUAAACUUUGAUAACUCUUCACCCAAGACACCGCACAGGAACGUUCUGACGUUUGUUUGUUUAUUUUUUGUUUGGUUUUUGAAGGAGAGGGAGAACGCUGAGAGGAAAUAAAUUCGGACCAAUUCUUUGAGCGCAAACAAUGCAAAACAAAAAUGAAAAAGUAAUAUUCGAAGAAAAAACCAUGGAUUUAGAUUUGAUUAAUGAUACUACUACUACUUCUACUACUACUACUAUUUAAUGCUACUACUUACUACUUCUACUACUACUAAAAACUACUACUAAAAAGAGAUGAAAAUCAUGAAUUCUACCAACUAUUUUUCGUUCUUUUAAAAAGAGUACAUUUCUUUACUAAUUUCGUUUAAUUUGAAAUAGAACUAUAAGGCUUUUUUGAAGUGGAGAAAAAACACUGUAUAAUGAAAUAAAACUAAAUUAUAACUACUAAAGGAAACAAUUGAAACUACUAAAGCUAAAGCAAAAAGGUAAAUUUUAAGUUUAGGUAACAAACGAAGGAAGUAAUCACAAAAUCUACAAAAGCACUCUCAUGCACACACAAACCAUGCAAACACCUCCCCGUUUGUUUGUUCACAAUCCAUACACCACGACCGAUACUUCUGUUUGACACACAGCAGCGCGCCCCAAUCGCUCCUUUGACGGCCUUGACGAAAAAGCAAGCAAACGCAGCAGCCCGCUGCCACACCACAUCGAGGAAACCUGUGAAGCCGCAGCCUACUUUGGGUGCGAGCUGUCAAAAAGCGAAACCGGUUAGACAUACACACACACACACAAACCUAAAAACACAUUUACAUACGAAUCCCCAAGGAAUGCGUUCAAAGAUGAUUCGCCAAUCCAAGAACGUACAUGCCUAAUUAUCCUCGUUUUAUUUAAGUAAUUUAACGUGAACCCUGGUUCCCAUUGCCCCCCAGAACCCUACCACAUCCAAAGCCUUCCGUUACGCAAAAGAAGCGAGAGCACACAGACAAAGAAUCGUACCGGCACCGCCACCAC